UCAAAGUAAACGGACCGUUCUUCGGGUGAUUCGCAAUCUUUGAAACAAUCUGUUCUGUGUAUAUUUAGGCACAAUACGAGUUCUUUAUAAUUCAAAAAAUGAGAUUUGUCUUUCUAGCCCUAUAUAUUUGUGUGUCAAUAGUACCUAGCUAUGAGCUUCCCCCCCGUAUCCUUGUUCACGGAGGAUCUCCAGUAAAACUAGGAGAAUUUGGUGUGUUUGCCUCAUCGAACAAAACAAAGUUGUUCAAUCUCGGAUCAACCGAAAGCAAGUAUAAUGUGACUUAUGCAGAUUUGGACAAAUGCAAACAAUUCAACGCAAUCAAUGGAUAUAAUUACCACUCGUUCUUCAAACUGGAGGAUCUCGUUAAUCAUAACUUGGACAACGAGACCAUCGUCAAUCUUCGUCUGUUCGUUGUGGCCGCAAAGGAUGCUCACAUUCUACUAUCGGAUAUCGAUUCCAUAUCUUCGAAUGCUCAAGUCUACGAGAUAGUUAUCGGCGCCGGCGCAAACACGUUUAGUGAGAUAAGAAAACAGCGCAAGAAAAAUCCGCUGAAGACAAAGACGACCAAGAAUGUGUUGUCGCCGAUAGAUCCGCUGCCUCUGAGGAUUCGUAUCACCAAGGACGGGUUGAUUGAAGUUGGUAUCGAGGGUCAGGAUUUGCCGCUGAUGUCGGCCACCGAUAAGAAUCUGACCACGGUUCAAUAUCUUAGUUUCAGCUCGUGGGGGGCAACGCAAGCCAAAUGGUUCUAUGAUUGUCCCUCCGAUACCGAUUUGAUAACUCAAUUGGGAGAAUACGACCCUGGGGACUUUCCUAUGACACCCAGAGAAAAACUGAUCUUCGAUCUUCAAAUGAAUGCUUCAUUCGAUGCACCGAAGGUGCCGACAACAGUCGAGAUGAGUAAGUUAGUGUUCACCCGGGUUGCAUACAAUUCGUGGAAAAACACACUCGAGACCAGAUUUCAGGUAAAGUUACGCUGGUCUGACAUUCGUACGACGUGGAAUCCACAAGACUAUGGGAACAUUACAAAGAUAAUUGAUUUUUUCUAUGUGUGGACACCUACCUUGUUAGCUAAAAACGAAGCGGAAUCGCAACUCACCUUUUUAUCCGCCAGCGAUUAUUUGGUAUUUACUUACGACGGCUUUUUUGAGAUGGCAUCCAAAGAGAUAUCAACAAGUACCUUCUGCGAAUUGAAAGAUUCCUUCAAAUGGCCUUAUGAAACUAAUUACUGCGAAUUGGCACUUAGCUCGGAGGAUGCGUGGACUCCGUUGAAAAUGGUUCUUAAAGAAGCGAUCUUGCAUCCAAAUAUGAUCCAAUCGGAUUGGAAUGUGAUCAGCAUUACCAAACACGAAAGGGUAAAUACCCAAGAAUUGUAUCUGCAUGAUGACGGUAGCCCUCGGAAAGAGAUCAUAUUGAAAUUACACCUGAAGCGAAACAACGAAUUCUACGAGACAGUUUUGUACGCUCCAUACUUCAUGUCUAACGUCCUGAUACUUGUGUCUUUCUGGCUGGAAGGCAUGCUACGAAUUAUCACAAACGCAUUCGGUAUCCUGAUCUUGGUUGCAUCCUUCCUCCAGAUGUCCGAGUUCAUUCCACAAACAUCGAGUCCCUUGAUUUUCAGUUUCUUCAGCUGCACGCUGUACUUCGGCUGGAUUUGCGUAGUGUUGUUUGUGUUGGAUGAAUGGUUACGAGUCUACGGCCCAAAAAUGGCGCCGGAUUCGUGGCUGGCUCGUGUCAUAAGUUAUCCAAACCUGAGAACGGUGUUGCAAUUGAACGGGGGUUCCGAUUACGAUACUCUCCAUAAGAAAAACUUGGAAUGGCGCGAUUUUGUCAAAGUACUGGAUAGGAUAGUGUUCAUAAUCAUGACCGGCGUUAUGGUGGCAUCGUGCUUCAGUAAAAUUUAAUCAGUAAUAAAAGAAUUCCAGUGAAUAAGUUAA